AAUGGUCCAGUCUUGUAUAUUGGCCCUUACCGCUAAUACGCAGACCUUGUCAUCCCCAUAGGCCACAUACCUGGCGUACCAGAAUCGGUGUCUUUAAGGUUAUAAAGUAAAAUGAUAAUGACUAUGGCAUUAUGUCCGAUAUUGAUAACCUACAAUAAUAAAUUAUUUAAGCAUUUCACUUUUUACAUUUUGGUCAUUUUUAUCGUACAGUUAUAUACAUAACUGAAUCAUACAUUUAAUUUCAUAUAUCAGAAAACAUUCAAAUGGCAAGACAAGUCCUUGCGGAGUACACAUAAAAACAUGCUUGAGCAAGUAGAAACUUGUUUUUCAAUGCUGGGCAUUAAGUUAAACAUCGAUGAACAACGAUUGCAAGGCAAACUUCCGCCUUCAGAAGAGGAAAAGGGACAAAAUAACGCAAAAGAAGAGAAAAUUAACCGUAGCUCUGAUGCGAGCGACAUUCAUACUAACAAAAUAAGACAGAUGGAAAAAGAGUUGAACAGUGCCAAGAAAUCAGUCCAAGCUCUAAAAGCGGAAAAUACAAAUUUGCAAGAAGAGGCUGCGAAAACAAUUCAAGAUCUACAAGCAGAAAAUACAAAGCAGAAACGUGAUAUGAUGCAUCUUCAUACUGAAAUAGACCGCCUUUAUCCGAAGCUAAAAUCACAUAAUCGACUAACAACCCCAGUACAGUUUUUCUAUCAACGCACAGGGGGAAUGAUUGACUCGGUACAAAAAGAACUAACAUCAAUUCUGGCAGGUUAUUUGCCCUCAGUCCGUUUUGAACGGUGUGAACGUACUGAUGACAUCGACCCAAAUAAGAUAUUGCUGGUGUUUUGCAUCAAUGCUUCUAGACUUGGGACAGAAGCGGCCAAUGCUAUUGAGGGAAUAAAAGUUCCGUCGAUAUAUUGUAUUUGUGAUAAUCUUAUGAUGCCAGUAUGAGUGCAGCACUUCAUAGAGAGUGUUUUGUUUAUAUUCUACCACACAUUACGAGGGGUGGUACAGUACGUCAUCAGCAGGUUCGCGCAACACUUUCCGAUGUGGCUUUUUUCUGUCAAACCCCCUCGAUUCGGUGAGUAAACUUGCGAUCAUUACAUUGAUAAUGAAUGGAUUUGAAAAUGACAUAUAGUCUAAAGUACCCACAUGUGUGUCUAGUUUAUCAUUGACGUUUAAAUUUUUCAAAACAGCAUUCCGUUUAAGACAACACUUCCCUAUCCACCACACCAUAUUAUAUCGCAUAAAAAAAGAUCCCACGCAUUUCUGACAAAUCAAAGCCUUGACGGGUGUUGUAUUAUGGCAAACAGAGGUCAGUGAUACUUUGAUUAGUUAACGGAAUCUGAACUUUCCAAGAAAUCAGUAAACUAAAAUUUCGCCUUUCCCUUUCACCAACUGAAUUGGUGCACUUCCCAGUUCACCAAUUUCCAGCAUGACUAAAAUCGGAUUGUGCUCAUAUAAAUGUGAUCACUCUGGCCUGAACGUUCUAUUAACUGGAGUAACGAAUUGUAACAGUGCUCCUUAUACAUCAUUUAAGAGUUUUAAGAUAUAAUUGAAAGAACGAGGCACAUGUUGAACAUUUGUUGUAUACUAUUAACGUGCAUAUGCAUGAUAUAAUAUUGUGUUCUCUUCAUUUCCUUAUAUUUGUUAUUUUAGGUGUAUGAAAAAUGAAAAAGGAGACAAAACCUCUGGCCUGCAUCAAUGGAAAUGUCAAUACAUGUUAAAGGGGUUUGCCGAAUGAUUGGCAUGAAUGACAUAGUUGACGUAUUAUAUUCGAAAAGCUGUACGACAUAAUUAACACUUUGAGAAGUGAACAACAUUCUCUAACGGCAUUUCUACAAACAAGGAUUUCUACGCUUAACUAGGUCUCUGUACCAAACACGACUAUGUCGGUUGCUAUUUGAAGGGUCCACGUGUUCAUCACAACAGCUCGGGAAAAAUGAAGAAUGACUGUAUCACGCCAUUUAAAGGGGCUUUAGAUGUGUGCUGGGAAAGAACAAGCGUGAAUGCAAAUGAAUUGUAAUUACCACUCAAUAGAAAGGGACACACUACCGAAUUGAAAGCGGUUCAGGAUUUAAUAAUGACUAAUAUUUAGACUUAAUGUGCCCACUUACAUGUUUUAACGCACAAUCUAUCUUAGGUAGCUUGAACAGUUGUAGAACAAUCUUACUUGCAAUCUAAAUUAUUUUACUUUUCUUAAAUUCUUCAGCUGUUAAAAAUGUUGCUGUAUAAAAGAUUAUUUAAUUUUGGUAAUUUUACUGAUUUAUUAUUCAAACCCUUUCACAGUUGAAGCCGUUGUGACACAGACAUAUGCACAUGCACUUCCAAGACAUAGCAGUAACUCAUUUCUCUUGUUAUCAGCUAAUUUUAUACUAGUAUAUUUACACACAUAUCAACGAAAGUAGA